GGAUGCCGCUUCCCUUUCCGGGGCUGUCGGCGGCAGCGGCGUUGGUGAAGAAGGUGACACCAUGGGGAUUCAUUUCGGUAACCUGGCUCGGGUCCGCCAUGUCAUCACCUACAGCCUCUCCCCCUUCGAACAACGAGCUGUGCCCAACAUCUUCUCCCAGGGGCUGCCCAACGUCGGGCGGCGGUUCGCCUCCCAGGUCUUCAAGGUGGUGCCCCCUUUCGUGGCAGCCUACCUCCUGUAUUCCUGGGGGACACAGGAGUUUGAGAGGCUGAAGAGGAAGAACCCCGCUGACUAUGAAAACGACCAGUGAUCCAGUGAAGGAGUGAUUGUUACCUGAGAGCAUCACCCGUGUCCCUCCGUUCCACAGUUCUCUGUCCACAUGACUCAAAGUGUAUUAAAACGGGGAGAUAAGUCUUGACUAAAUAAACUUUAACUUUGCCCCGUG